AUGACAGCAAGUCUGAAGAGGAGGGAUGAAGAAAGAAUGAAGAAAAAUGUUGAUGAGUUGGUGAAUGAUUUGAAGAAGAUAGCUGAAGAAGAGAAAGAAAAGAAAGACGAAGCAGUUAGUGAAAAAGCUGUUACUGGAAAACAGCAGAAUGAAGAAGUUCUGAAAAAGAUAGGAAAAGAUGAUAAGAAGGUUGAAAGUUCGAUUGAAGUGGAUGGUGCUGAUGGUGUUGGUGAGGAACAAAAGAAGAGUGAAGCUGAUCAGACACAGACAGAAGCGAAAGCCGAAGUGCAAAUCACUGAGAUGCUGUUCCAGAUUACGAUCCCAAUAGCAGAGUCUAAGGGGGAGUCUGAAGACGAGCUCAACGCAAGGGGGAGCGUGCAUUCAAGGAGCCAGAAUAUGCCACCUAGACGUGAUCUCGAACAGGAUGCUGCAAUCGCAGCCCUUGUUGCUCAGCAAAUCGCUGCUGUGCUUCCGAACCUAGUAACUCAGAUCAAUCAAGCGAACAACAACAACAACAAUGCUCUGUGUAGUUUCAAAACGUUUAAUUCGGCUAAACCAUUGAAGUUUUCUGGUAAUCCUACCACUGUUCGUCAAGCAAUCGAACUGGCUGCUACUCUGACUGAGUCACAAGUCAGAAAAGGUAAACUGGCCCGCAAGGGUGAUAAGAAGCAGUUGACCGAUACCGUUCAAGACAAGGGGAAAUGUAAGGGUAUGGGUAAGAAAGGCGAGUCUUCUAGGAGGUCGAGGAAGCGAAAGGCUUCCCAAAAUUUUGCUGUUACUGCACAGAAUGCUCAGAACCCACCAGCACAACCUCCUGCGAAGAAACAAUAUGCUGGUACCGCACCUCACUGCAAUAGGUGCAAUGGUCACCAUACGACCCAACAGGCUUGUAAACAGUGCACUACUUGCGGUAAACUUGGGCACACAACCAACAUCUGUCGAUUGGGUCAUAACCAAGCUGCUCAGAAUCCAGCACAGGUUCAGGGAAAUGCUGCUAGAUUCCCACCUGGUUCAUGUUACAACUGCGGUGAAAUGUGUCAUUUCCAAAACAAUUGUCCAAGGCUUGCAAAUCCGAACGCGAACGCCAAUGUGAAUGCUAAUCCCGCUCGUGGACGAGCAUACAAUUUGAACGCUAACGAGGCACGGGCUGACAACGAGGUUGUUAAUGAACUAAACUGA